CACUGUCAGUCAGUUGAAAGAAUUGAAUCGACGCAUUAAGACGGGUGUUGCGACUACUGCGAUCAAUUAUAAACAAAACUUGAGUGAAAAAUUCGAAUUGUGCUGGUGAAUCUCGUUGCGAGUGAAGUGAAUUCAAAUCAAUAUUCUUUGUUAAAAAGUUUUCAAUAAUUCAGAACCAAUCAUUCCAUUUGAAUUUUUGCGCAUUUUCAACAUAAUGGCCGAAGCAAAUACUGAGCAGGGAAAAGAGUUUAAUAAAUUAAAACAUGACUUGGAAGAGCAUCGAGAGUUAAUUUUACUUCUCAGUUCCGUGCUAAAAUGGGAGAAGAAAUUCUAUCCAGGAGUUAUAUUUGGCGCAAUAUCAUUUUUGUUCCUGAUUUUAUGGUUUUUGAAUUUGUCGCUGUUGACAUUGGUCGGGGUCAUCGGUGUCGUCUGCAUUCUUAUUGAUUAUGGAUAUCCAAUCGUUUCGAAAAUCAUUUUUAAACCAGAAAAUUGGACUGGCGCCCAAGAGAAGGCCUACGAAGAGGUCGUCAACGAAAUUUUAGCCAUCAAAUUGAAAGUAUGCGGUAUCACCAAAUAUGCAUGCAUACCGAAAGAAGAAAAAACAAUUGUGUACUACCUCGGCGCUGCUGGUGGUUUUAUUGCGCUCGCCUAUAUUGGCUCAGUCAUAGACAACUUUUUGUUGAGCUAUUUGGCUAUACUCGGUGUUGCAUUGUUCCCCGGUCUCAGUCGUCAUGGUGUCGGUAAAAUUGUCAUCGAAAAAUUGCUGGACCAAGUAAAACAAAUCAAAGAAAAAACCAUCAAGAAAAAUUAAACGAACAAAUAAUUAAGCACGCGCUCGACGCACCUUGCAUUCCCAAUAAUCAUUUUAUUUUUCUCAAUUUGUGUGCGUGUGUGUGUAUGUCCGUAAAUGCGUUUCCGCUUUUCCGAUGAUAAAAAAAAAUCAACGGCCCAAUAAUAACAACACCGAUUUAUACACACAUAGACCGAUAAACAGUAAAAAAAUAAUAAUAAUAAAAAAUGAAAAACCAAAGCAACCAUCGCAUGAAUUGCUACAUUUUUUUAUUUUUCGUAAUGGCGUGCGUUGAGCAGUGAUUUUCAAUGCUACAGCACAAUUUAGACGUAAAUUAUUAUUUAACAAGAAAAAAAGAGACAAAAAAAUCUACUAAAAAAAUACAUUAAAGAUAUUACAUGUGAUUCAUAACAUUUAAUCUUUGAUAAUUUAUAAAAUGAUGUUUACAUGACCCACACAGAGCAAAACAUUUGAGAGCAUUGUACGAUGAAAUUUGAUUGUUAGAGAACGUUUUCUUUUUUCGUUUAUAGAAACCAGACAAUGGAACACAUACAUAUUUAAAUGGAACAUAUUUAUAGAAAAUAGUAAACAAAAAAUCAGGCUCCACUUGAAAAUGUACAACACUUGUACAUUUCAUUUGGGAUUCUUUCUUUCAAAAUUUAUAAAAAUUAUUGCUCCUCAUUCCAUAGAGGAAUCACCCAAUCUAUAUAACAAAACUUUUCUAACUAUUCGUAUUUAUAUAGCUAAAUGACAUUUUUUUCCCGUACAAAAGAAAACAACCACAAAAAUUUACUACUCGAAAAACGUAAACUGACUUAUUCAAGCAUUAGCUGCUCAUGUGUUAUGAACAAAUUUGAAUAAUUGUCAUCUCAAACAUACAAAUGAAUCGAUACACAAAAAAAAUAUUAUUGAAAUACUUUCUUGGAAACAUAUUCGGGACGUUGCGCACGAUGAAUUCAUCAUCAAUGGUCGAAUUUAUCCGGAGAAUUUAUUAGAUCAAUUUUAAAACGCAUCUGCAGAAUAUUUGUACUGCAAGUGCGCCGAAUGAAGUUAAUCAAAUAAAUUUAUCGAACAUACUCAAUUAUUGAUUAUGAAUUCAUCGCACCGAAUGCCCUGAACAAAAUAUAUUUAAAAAUAUUUGAACAUUUUUUAUACUGAUAUAAUAUGAAGGACGAGAAUGUUUGCUGCAUUUUUCACAUAAAAACAAAAUUUGAUUUUUUUCCAUCAAAUUGAUAGAUUGUAAAACGAAGAAAUAAUCGUGUUUGUGUCCAGUAUUUUUUUUCCUAUCAUUUGCGCGCAUUUUUAAAAUACGUUUUAUUCCACUUGAAUGAUUUUUUUUCGACUUCUUGAUAAUGGAUGACAUCAUUUCUUGAAGAAAAAUGUAAACAAAAGCUGCUGCUUUUUUCAUUCAUCACCAAGCAAAAUCUUUAAAAAUUUAAGAUCUAAAAAUAAAUUGUAAUAAUUCGGCAAAUGCUAGCAGGCCAUCAAUGUUUUUUUUAUCGCAUUUUAAUAUAAAAACAAAAUACAGAUUACGAGAAAGGGCAAACUGCAUUCUUAAUUGAUUUAUUUGGCCUGUUAUUUGCAGCUACCAAAGAAUAUGAAAUCGCAAAUUACAAAUAAAUUAAAAAUUGAUAAUAAAAUAAAUGUCCAGAUGAUAAUUAUUUUGCCGAAUGACAAAUAAAAUACCAAACCGAACCGAACAUGCAGAUUAUCACAAAAUUGUACUAAAUGCAUGACGACAAAGUAAACAAAAUGUUUGUCACACUAACUAACACUAUACUAGAUGUAUCAUCCAAAGAAUGCCAUAUAUUAUCUCUUUCUGUUCCUCUAUCUCAAAAUAGAAUGCGCCAAAUGAUCUCAUGCUCGGGUUUAUUUGCUUGACGAAGAAGGAAUGAAAUGAGCGCUCGACAAUUAAAAAACUAUUGGUUUUGCAAUAUAGUUAUUUUUAUUUAAUUUCUAUUUCAUACCGCUCCCGCUUGACACCGUCUUUUUAAAUGGAUAGAAUUUUUAUUUUUGUUUUCUCGCCCACUUUGUUUAUGUGUAUAUAUCUAUAAGUGCAUUAUGAUUCCAUGUACCUAAUUUUAUUGAUUUAUAUUACUUACAAUGUUAAAGUUCGAAAAAUUGUAUUUGCGGCGGCAUACGUUAUCAGACAAAAGAGAGAGAAAAACAGAGAGUUAACUCAAUAUACGGUCACUAUAUUCAUAAACAAUGGACUGUGUCUCCUUCUCAUUGAUUUGGGGGUCAUCAAUUGAACUCUCUGAAUAUUUGAUAUUGGCGCCAAUUCCACUCGAUGUUACGUCGAUUCAAGUGUAUCGAAUGAAAAGAAGAUAUUUUUAGAAAUUGUUCUUUUUUUUGGUUCAAUUAUCUCUACGCGCAAAUUGCAAUGAUCCCUGAUUUGAAUGUGACCGAUGUCGAUUGGUUGAAUCGCACUCGUACUUUGGCAUUUUGUUUCGGCAAAACAGAUAAAAUUUAUAACAAAUGAAUAUUUGUCAGCAAAUUAGGUAGCAUAACGUUAACGUUUCCUUUUUUCUAGACUAAUUGCAAUGUUAUUUGGUUUGUUUCGAUAUCGAUAUUUACCGUAUUCAAUGUACCAGUACCUAUAUUUUAAAACGAAUAUUUAUGUAUUUUAGAAAUCAUUAUAUUUAUAUUUAAUUGUGUAAGUGAUGCUAAACAAAUAUUUUUGGUUAUCCUACAGCACAUCAUUCGAAAUCGCUUUAAAAAAAACAAUGAAAUGAUUUGUUCCAUUUUGGAGAUAUUGUAAUUUUUGUUUGUUUGAAGAAAAAAAAGAAGCGCUUUCCAGGCUAUUGUUUUCGUUUUAGAAAAAUGAGCAUUAGUCUUUUGUGUCACAUAUGGAUGAUGUGAAACGAUUGCUACAAAGCAUUUUAAUGCGUAAUUGAUAUAAUCGAAUGCUUUGAGGUUUUUUUUUAAGUUUUACGAUUGAUUUGUGUGUGAUUCAAUAAGAUAAUCAAUUUUACUGUAUACUCACUGAUCCUUUUUUUACCCCUCCAUCAAGUACGAAACAAAACAAAAAAAAAAGCAAAAUCCAAAUAUACUAUCAAACUGUGUACAAC